GUGCGCAUCCUGGAGAGCUGGAGCGCGCAGUCGCUCUCGGCGCCACUUUUUCCUUCCCCUCCCCCUACGCCUCCCCCCGCCCCCGCUCUUUGAGUCCCUAGUAUGGUGCGCGCGCGGGACCGUUUCCAGCCUCACGUGACAUGGAGGCGGAGAGAGGAAGGGAAAGGUCAGUGGCGACGUCGGCGGAGCGGAAGGUCAGGGCGGGAGCGGAAGUGGGAGCCGGAGCCUGUCCGCCAUUGUGGGGAAGCGGCGCCUAGAGCGGGGGGCGGGAAGCAGCGCUGCGUCCGGCCGGCUCCUUCCAGCGGGAACCCGAUCGGCGGCGGCGAGCCCGGGCGGCAGCGGCGGCGACAAUCAAGCGGCAGCGGGGAGAGCGGCGCGGUCCGUGUGUGCGGGAGUCACUCGAGGCCCAGGCGGAGCGAGGGGAUCGCGGCUCCCCGUGAAGAAUGUCAGCCACUAGCGUCGACCAGAGACCUAAAGGACAAGGAAAUAAAGGAAAAAUGGUUUGCUCUGACACAGUCCUGCACUGUGAAAUUAUGCCAAUUUCAGUACAAAACGGUUCGAUUCAUCAAAAGGAUGCAGUAAAUGAUGAUGACUUUGAGCCAUAUCUAAGUAGCCAGACAAAUCAGAGUAACAGCUAUCCACCAAUGUCAGACCCAUACAUGCCUAGUUAUUAUGCUCCAUCCAUUGGAUUUCCAUAUUCUCUAAGUGAAGCAGCAUGGUCCACUGCAGGUGACCCUCCAAUGCCAUACUUGACAACCUAUGGACAGAUGAGCAAUGGUGAACAUCACUAUAUACCUGAUGGUGUGUUUAGUCAACCUGGGGCUUUAGGAAACACCCCUCCAUUCCUUGGUCAGCAUGGAUUUAAUUUUUUUCCUGGGAAUGCAGAUUUCUCUACAUGGGGGACAAGUGGAUCUCAGGGACAAUCAACACAAAGCUCUGCUUAUAGCAGCAGCUAUGGCUAUCCACCUAGCUCUCUUAGUAGAGCCAUAGCAGAUGGACAGGCUGGAUUUGGCAAUGAUACUCUGAGCAAGGUGCCUGGGAUUAGCAGCAUUGAGCAAGGCAUGACGGGAUUGAAAAUUGGUGGGGAUAUGACAGCUGCUGUGACAAAAACUGUAGGUUCAGCUCUGAGCAGUACAGGUAUGACAAGCAUUGCAGCAAAUAGUGUGCCCCCAGUUAGCAGUUCAGCACCUAAACCAACCUCAUGGGCUGCCAUUGCUAGGAAGCCUGCUAAACCUCAGCCGAAACUCAAGCCUAAGGGUAAUGUGGGAAUUGGGGGCCCUGCUGUACCACCACCUCCUAUAAAACACAACAUGAACAUUGGAACUUGGGAUGACAAAGGGUCAGUGGUAAAAGCACCCCCUUCCCAGCCAAUACUGCCUCCUCAGACUAUAAUUCAGCAGCCUCAGCCAUUAAUUCAACCACCACCAUUGGUGCAAAGCCAACUGCCUCAACAGCAGUCUCAGCCACCACAACCACAGCAGCAACAAGGACCUCAGCAGCAGGCGCAGCCUCACCAGUUGCAGCAGCAACAGCAGCUGCAAAACCGCUGGGUAGCUCCUCGUAACAGGGGCAUGGGCUUCAGCCAGAACAAUGGAGGAGCUGGCAGCGAAAACUUUGGCUUAGGUGUUGUACCUGUCAGCUCUUCACCUGGUGUAGAGGUGCACCCAGUACUGGAGAAACUAAAGGCCAUAAAUAACUAUAAUCCCAAAGACUUUGAUUGGAAUCUGAAGAAUGGACGUGUGUUUAUAAUCAAAAGCUAUUCGGAGGACGAUAUACACCGCUCCAUUAAAUACUCUAUCUGGUGUAGUACUGAACAUGGUAAUAAACGCUUGGAUGCUGCUUACCGUUCCCUGAAUGGAAAAGGUCCACUCUAUUUACUCUUCAGUGUGAAUGGCAGUGGACAUUUUUGUGGAGUGGCUGAGAUGAAGUCUGUUGUGGACUACAAUGCAUAUGCUGGAGUCUGGUCUCAGGAUAAGUGGAAGGGGAAGUUUGAUGUUAAGUGGAUCUUUGUCAAAGACGUUCCCAAUAACCAGCUGCGGCACAUUCGUUUGGAAAACAAUGACAACAAACCGGUUACCAAUUCGAGGGACACUCAAGAGGUACCCCUAGAAAAAGCUAAGCAAGUGCUUAAAAUAAUUGCUACUUUCAAGCAUACCACCUCAAUCUUUGAUGACUUUGCACACUAUGAAAAGCGUCAGGAGGAGGAGGAAGCCAUGCGUAGGAAACCUGUCCCAUACCACCCAGAAUUUUGGGUGAAAUGGAAAAUAAACAGCAAAUGAUUUUUGAAGGGGAAAUGGGACAUUUCAGUUCUAGUUAUUGAUGUGUAUCACAGUUGUAACUGGAAAUCCCAAACAAGAUUGGAGGCCUGUUUUGCUAGGUAUUGUACAAACAUAGUAAGAGAAAUUUCCUGCCCUGGAGAGUUUACUCUAAAUAGACAAGACAAAGUGUGGAAGGGGAAACGAGCAGAGAGAUGGAGAGACCUAUUGUAGGUCAUACAGCAGGGCCUUGGGAAUGAUCCCCUGAGUCCUAUAUACUAGAUCACACAGCCUCUCCUUGAAAUGCCAUAGAGUAAACAUUGUCUCAUGUAGGCUUUUAAAAUAUAUUUUUGGUUGUAUCACAACAGAAACAUCACAACAUAACUAUUCUCUAAAUACAAAUAGUAGUAAGUAGUCUGUAGAAGACCAUCCAUGUAUUUAAUAAUUCAGUCUAGGAUAUAAUCUUUUUCAAAGGCAUAGAAUGAAACUGGCAAUUUUUAUGGGAUUAGUUCCUUAUUGUGUGCUUUGCUCCCAAAUUUAAUACGGCACAUUUGUGAGAACCAUCUAGAAAUAUAGUAUGUUGUAUUUUAGGCUUGUAUUUCCUUGCAUAGUUCCUCACUGCCAUUUUUAAAAUUUUCUCCCUGCUACCCCUGCCCCAUCUUUGUGGUUUCUCUCCUUCUUCUAGAUUCCUGGUAAGAUGAUGAUGAUUUGUCAUGGAAUCGUCAGUUCUGUUCAGUCAAUGAACACACAGGUACAGUUCUCUAAGGCAGAAUUUCCUGAAGCUUCAGAAGCUGAGCUUCCCCUCAGCCCCACCAUGUAUUGUUACAGACCUCCCAAGAUGCAAGAUCAUUAUCACUGAUUUGGACAGAAAGUGCUUCAUGAAGCAAUCAUUUUCUCUAUCCCAUCCUUGACCACUUAUACCUCCUCCCCAAUGCACACACUUCUCUUCUGGUGGGAGAUGCUGCAGCAUGUGUCCAUUAUAAAAUAAUUUGUGUUCAUUGGACACGCCUCAUUCCAUUACAGGUAAGAUAAAAUGGACAAGAGGGUAUGUUUCCUUUCACUGCAGAAUCUGAACACCUCUCAACUGUAAAUGAAAUUAUCACAACAUGCUAUGAAGUAGAGAAAUAUCCCCAUUUUAUUGCUGGAGAGCAGAGAACUUAAGUAACUUGCAGAAGAUCCCACAGGAAGAGCAAGGCCAUCCUUCCACGAGCUGUGCUGGGAAGGCUACAUAUAAAGAAAGCUUUUGAACACGUGUGGUGGAAGUGCACCAAUGUAAAGUUCUUAGGAGAGAGGAAACCGAAUGAACAUUCAGAAAAUAGUAAAAACCCUAGCCAGCUGUCAGUAACACAGGCCCUCCAGGGGGUAUCUAAUGAAAUACCACUGAGGCAAACAAGGCACCAAUAAAUAAAUUCCUCUGGUUCACAAUUAGAGUUCACCAGAGUAGCCUCAGGAUACUUCUGUAAUGGAAAAUAAUUACUUGUCAGGAAAACAAUAAAAGAAUGGGCUAGUUCUUUA